AUGUAGCAUUAUUUAGAUAUUGUUAUAAUUUUGUUCCAUUACAUUUAAUAAAACUCCAACAUUCGAAAUGCCCAUUUUUCGGAGAACCAUCCAUUACGGAAAAAAUUUGAAGCCACUCAUGAUGAUUUUGUUAUCUCGUUGAGUUGAAGCAUCAAUGAUCAGCACCAGGGCGAUACGGCAGCUCAGUCCAACAUCGUCUCUCCUUCACUUCACCAGGUAACAGCACAAAAAUGACAGCUGAAAGUCAAAUGGAUGUUGCCGAUGAGGCUCCUGAAAAGAAACUGAAAUAUCCGAAAUCAGUCUUUUUCAUCAUCAGUAAUGAGUUCUGUGAGCGCUUUUCUUAUUAUGGCAUGCGAGGGGUGCUUCCUUUGUACCUUAAAAAUUCUCUCAAAUAUAAUGAAAAUUCGUCAACGAUAAUCUACCAUGUCUUCGUCAUGCUAUGUUACUUCACUCCAGUCUUUGGUGGCAUAAUGGCUGAUGCCUGGAUUGGGAAAUACAAGACAAUUUUAUAUGUUUCAUUGCUCUAUGCAGCUGGUAACAUUGUGCUCUCAGUAGGAUCUGUAGAAGGUCUGACACUUCCACACAAAGAAUUAUCACUGCUUGGGCUGUUUAUGAUUGCGGUGGGAACUGGUGGAAUAAAACCUUGUGUCUCAUCGUUUGGUGGUGACCAGUUUGUAAUUCCUCAACAAGAACGAGAGCUUCAAAGAUUCUUUUCAGUAUUUUAUUUCUCAAUAAAUGCUGGAAGUGUGAUUUCUUCCUUUUUAACACCAAUGCUUCGACAAUAUCAUUGUUUGGGUAGUGAUACAGAUUGUUAUCCACUGGCAUUUGGCCUUCCAGCUGCACUUAUGGUAGCUGCAGUCAUUUUCUUUGUCCUUGGAAGCCCGAUGUAUAAAAAUAUCAAACCUCAAGGUAACAUCGUAUUAGAUGUUGGUGGUUGUGUAGGGCAUGCUGUAGUUAGAAAAAUAAAGUCAAAAGAAAAGAAAAAUAAUUGGUUAGACUAUGCAGAUGAUAAAUAUGAUUCUAAAUUGAUAGCUGAUAUAAAGGUUCUGAUGAGUCUAAUAGUUCUAUUUUCUCCAACAAUUGUCUUUUGGGCUUUAUAUGAACAGCAGGGAGACAAAUGGACAUUUCAAGCAAGUCGCAUGAAUGGAGAUUUAGGCUGGUAUACAAUUAUUCCAGAUCAAAUGCAAACCCUCAAUGCUGUACUUGUACUCGUAUUUAUUCCUCUUUUUGAAUAUAUUGUUUACCCUAUUUUGGCAAAAAUGAGAUUAGUUAGGACAUCGCUUCAAAAGUUGAUAUGGGGUGGUUUUCUUGCUGCAAUUGCCUUUGUAGUUUCUGGUAUUCUAGAGCUAAAAAUAAAGGAAAAUGAGCCUUUAUUACCCAGCAGUGGCCAAUCAGAAUUAUUGCUGUAUAAUACUUUUAACUGUCCUGCUAAAGUUGAUGGAAUUGGCAAUACUAUAAACAUAAAUCCUUUAGGUUUUACUGACAUUAAUGGGAUACCUGCGAAGUCUACAAAUAUUACCAUUACAUCUGAAUGUGCUGGUUCUUGGUCUGGCAACAUUGAAUUACAGGAUGAAGAGGUGUCUUCUUACUUAAUUCUAAAAGAAACUAACAUAACCACAUUUUUGUUAAAUCAAAAGGGAAGUAGUGAAAUGUUGAAAUCAGACAGUACAUCUCCUAAACUAAAGAUACUGUAUAGUGGAUCAAACCAACUUUCAAUACUUAUGAAAAAUACAGACAAUAUUAUGAAUAUUGUUGUUGAAAGUGGAAAACAUCAGAGUAAAAUGAAUGAUAUGCCUUUAAGUGGAAAAUAUUCUAUCACUGUCAAUGGCAAACAGAUUGAAGAUGUCUAUUUAAGCCAAGGAGGAGUUUAUAUUUUAAUGUUAGAAGAUGGAGCAAAUGCUAUGGUAAGCCAAUUGCUGAUAAUUGUCCAACCUAACUCAAUAAAUAUGCUUUGGCAAAUACCACAGUACAUAAUCAUAACUGCCGCUGAGAUAAUGUUUUCUAUAACAGGGAUUGAGUUUUCAUACAGUGAGAGUCCAGAAAGUAUGAGGUCAGUGAUAUCUUCAUUAUGGUUGUUGACUGACUCUUUUGGCAAUAUUAUUGUCCUUGUGAUAGCUGGAUUUAAAAUGGCUAACGAGGCAAUUGAAAUGUUUAUAUAUGCUGUAUUAAUGGCAGUCACCAUGUUAGUCUUCAUAUACCUAGCAAGGCGAUACACAAUUUCCAAGAAAAAAGCUCUAGAAUUAGAAGAAGAUAGCAUAGUACUAGAAGAACAAACUAAGAUAUAACUCAAACUAGGUAACUCAGAAAUCUGGGAAAUCACUGAUGACAGCUGUAAUAAUUUCAGCAAUAUUAGCUUUAGUUUGUUAAAGCUAUAAUAGGUUAGGAGCUUAUGCUCUUCUAUUGUAAUUUAAAACUGUACAUAAGUGGUAAUUUUAAAGAUUGUGUAUUUAAAUGUUCAGGAGAGUGUUAUUUUUAAAUGAGUGGAACAAGUUGAUUAAAAGAUCUAUUAAAAAUAAGUAGGGAACAAAUUGUAAAUGUACUUAAUGUGAGUGUGUAUGAAUAUUUUGUCUUCGUGUCAGUAUUAUUAGAAAAAUAGUUUCAAUUUUUAGUCCAUAAGUAGAAAUAAUAGUUUAAUAAGAUUAUUAAACAUUCCUAUGUUGUUGUUUUUUUUUCUAAGUGCCUGAAGAAUAUAAUGGAACAAAUUACUGCCAAAUUUGAAAAAGUUAGAUUUAAUUAUUAAUUAAAUUUCCUAACAUUUCAAUUUAUUUCUUUGGUAUGCUCAAUUUAUCCAUAACAUAGGCGUGAAAUUGCUUUUAUGUUUAAAAACAUAUAUUUAUAGAAGUUCAUUGUUACUAACUGGUAAUUCACUGGAAAGUAUCAAUCCUUCCAAGCAUAGAUGUGAUUAAAACAAAUACUGAGUGAAUUCGUAGAAUGUCAGUUUUCAUCAGUAAGAUAAUGGCAUGGAAGAAUUAUGGAAAGGGGAGAGGGAGUUGUCCUAGAUGUACAACUAAAUCUAUUCUAACCAGAGUGGAAAGGACGAGAUUUAUUUUGUGGGACCACCACAAAAUUAAUUUCAAUUCGCUCAAGCCUAAGUUAAACCGGCCUCGCUAGACUCAAGAAUGUUAAAGUUUAUGCUUUAAUACAUUUGGUCAUUAUGAUCUCACCUAAACAAAUUUGAGUUAAUUAUUGGAUUUUCAAUCACAUCCAAAUAGAACAUGUGCUUAUUAUUAUUUGAUAUUUUUCUUUGAGAUAUUAUGUUCCUAAUGAAUCAAUGUAAUGAAGUUUAAAUAGGUUUAUGGAAAAGUAAAGUUUUUUUACUGUUCAAAUUAACAGCACUGAUUCUGUAAAUGUUCCAUUAGAGACUAAAAUAUAUAGUAUUUUACAAUUUAUAAGCCUUAUUCAUAAAAGCUGCCGAAAGAUGUAAAAUAAAAAUUAAUAAAAACUUUAUUUCAUUAUUUUUAUUGAAAAUUACUAAAAUAAAUCAUCAGUUUAUUGCAAAAAGUUACUAAUUACAUUUUUGUUGGAGCUGAACUUGGUUUUUGUGAAUUCCUACCUUAUCAAUUGAUAAAACAAUACACAGUAAGUGCACUGAAAUGGCACGAAAUCUUUUAUAUAUCAAAUACAGUUAGGAAAAGAGCACAAUUUCCUUAUAUCAUAAAUAAACAAUUCAUCAGAGUUCUUAGUUAUUUAAAGCUAUGAAAUGUCAUUAAAUAACUUUUUGCAAUAAACCAGCAAAAUAUAUUAACUAUUAAAAUAACCUUUAAAAAUUCACAACACAAUGACUAUUAAUAUUAGUUGUCAGCUGGGCUGAGAAUAUAACUGAUGAGCUGAUAAUAAAUGUAUUUUAUCUGAGCAUAUAUGUUUGUCAACCCUAGUCCCCAUCACUUACUUUAACUUAAUAUACCUUAAUAGAUUAAGGUUUAAAAGAUCACAAAUACUCCUUCAAACACAUUUUGCACAAAAAAAGUAUUUUGUGAUGUUAAUGAAGUAUAUCCAAUAUGUUGUUUUAAUAUUCAAUAUUAAAUAUUAAAACUAAUCUUAGUAAAGGACAUUUCAUAAAUUAUUAUCUUAAACAUGCACUGCCAUCAUGAGUAGUAAACUGCAUGGUAUUUUAAAAUGUUUGUUAUUGUGAUUUUUAAUUUAGAAAUUUUGAAUAAAGCUGAAAAGUUUAAAAAAAUGUUCUUGUUAAAAAUGAUUUUAUUUGUGAAAUGAGUUUGAGGGAGUAUUUGUCGUCUAUUAAACCCUUUUAAAUUAAAAAAAAAAUGUUUAAUUUAAAAAAUAUAAUUGGAUUUCACAGAGAUAGAGUCAUAUGUUCACCAAAGUAAGUAAAUAAAAUUCAACUAUCACCACCCUUUCCAGAAAAAUCAUUUAGCGUUUUGGAAGUUAAGCCGUUUCAAUGAUCCAUGAUCAGAGACAGGUCGUGGCAUGUUAAAAAUAGAUAAUAUAAAAAUACUAGCUAUCAACAUAAAAUAUAAUUUAUAAGUACAUAUCACAUAAAAAAAGAAACAAUAUAAAUAUUUGCUAUGAUGACAAAUCAUAAUUAAAAUAUAACUUAAAACAAGCUUUAUAUAUUGGUAAUAAAUGCAUUAUAUUCAUAAUACUCAAUAUUUUGCAAGUGCCAAAUUGCCAAGUAUUGCAUAUAAAAAAUAUAGAUAUAUCUUUUCUCUCAUGUUUUACACAAGAAUAUUAUCAAAAUCAGGAGUGCCAGCCUGGUAUGACUGAAGAAACCUAGCAUGUUGUUCUGGUGUGCAAUAAUGACUCUUAACGGCAGGAUCUUCUAACAUUCCCUUUGACCACUGAAACU